UUCAUUUUCUUGAGCGUUUCGAAGUUAGUAACUGUGUACUUUAAAAACACGAAAGGAGCACAAAGAAAUAUCCUUAAAGCGUGAUGUAAAUUGGUUUGUAAAAUAAGCUCUUUAAGUGGUGCAUUAUACGAUAAUACACCUCGUGUUGUCGUAACAGUGAUUAUCAUAACGGAAGAAUUUUCUAUGAUCACUGGUAAUCCGAAAAGAAUAUGUUACGGAUAUUUGUAAUUGUUAUCAUCGCGAAUGCAGCGAUGGCGCAGGUGCCAUUUUUGGGUACGUGUCCAAACUUGGAAGCAAUGCAAAAUUUCGAACUUGAAAGAUAUUUGGGCAAAUGGUACGAAGUCGAGAGGUAUUUUGCGUGGUUUGAAUUUGGUGGAAAAUGUGUGACAGCUAAUUACAGUCUGAAUGAAAAUGCUUCGGUGAAAAUCCUAAAUAAACAAAUUUCUUCAUUAACUGGAGUCGCAACGAGUAUCGAGGGCGUUGCAAGGUUAAUUGGUAGAUCUGAUGAUCCUAAAUUGACCGUCACUUUUCCAUCUUUGCCACUGCCGUUCGAUGCACCUUAUUGGGUUCUAGACACGGACUACAAAUCAUAUGCCGUAGUAUGGAGCUGUACAAAUCUCGGAGUCCUUAAUGUACGAAAUGUUUGGAUUUUGACACGAGAACCAAAACCGUCAGUCGCAAUUGUAGAAAAGGCUUAUCAAAUUAUCGACAAGAGUAACAUCAGCAGAGCAUACUUUAUUCGUACAGAUCAGAAAAAUUGUCCAGCUACGAAUUAAGAACGACCUCUACAUGAAUGGAUCUGUACAGAAAUAUGCUCGAAGAAAAAUGUAUUUUUUUUUAUGAUAUGCAGUUUUAUAUAAGACUCCUUGAAUCGCGAAUUUAUUGCCAGCAGAUGCUGACUUUGCUCAUUAUUGUGCAAGUAUUAUGAUUGUGUAUUGCGGAUGUACUUAAUUAAUA